AGAUGAAGAUGAUAUGGAAAAAGAAUCAUGUCCUAUAGUAGGAGAAGGCGGUGACAGCGGUGGUCUUGUUCCUGGAAAAUCUCUUGUGUUUGCAACUAUGGAGCUGUUGAUGUUCAUUUUAGUACGGCAUAUGCCGCAUCUCAGUACCAAGAUGUCGGAUUCACCCAGUCACAUAGCCACCAGAACUCGACUGUCAGAAGAAAGUGCUCGUUUGGUGGCAGCCACAGUUACCAUACUCUCUGACUUACCAUCCCUUUGUUCGCCUGCUGGGUGUAUGACAAUCCUGCCCACGAUUCUGUUUUUAAUUGCAAGAGUAUUGAAAGACACAGCGAUAAAGUCUGCAGAUAAUCAGGUUCCUCCACCAGUCAGCGCAGCGCUUCAAGGGAUCAAAAGCAUCGUGACACUCUCAAUGGCCAAGACUGAGGACACUCAGAAACAGUGGACAGCUCUAAUUCGUAGCACUCUCGCAUGCAUCCUGGAAUAUUCUCAACCAGGUAACCUAAUCAGGGCUUCAAAUCCGUAAUCUGUUUGUCAAUAA